AGACAACAGCGCUUUAUUAGUUCCUGGAAAGUACAGCCCGCCACAAGACGUCUUCCGCCCAGCAAACGCGCUCGCGCGGAGCACCUCAUUGGACCGCGCUACGCCGAUCCGUUUGCUCAUCAAAACUCUAUGUAUAUAUAUUGCUGUACGAACGCUGACACAUUUCCUGGUUAGUGGACAGACGGGCCCGCAGACCCGCACACGCUUCAUCUUCCGCUCUGCUUUUCACGUGCGCUAACUGCAUGUGCUGUACUAAACAUUCGUAAUUUCCUCCUCUCUUCUUUUGGUUUUACUUCUCUGUGUCACGGUCAUCUGUCACCGCUGCUGCUUCUUACCCUGGUGUUCCUUAAUACUUAUUUGUCGAAGCCUGCGCCAGGAAUGAUGUCAUGUUGGAAUGGUAGGAUGUUGAAAUGUACCUUAGUACCCCAUUUUCCUCUUUUCUAACCUUGCGACAGUCUUCGACUUUCGCCUCUCACUUCUUUUUCGAGUCCCGCCCACCCGAGCCCGCACCGCCCCGCUUUGGAGGCGGACUUUGAAAAGGAGUCUGCCACUUCGUAUGUAUAUAUCCCGCGUGAAAAAGAUGUAAAAUGAAAAAUAUGGUAAAUUCGCUUUCUGGAAAGAUAUGCCCUCAUCCGAGGAGGAAGACACGAUGGUGUCGGGCAAACACCGUUAAUGUAUGCACACCCCAAAACGGGCCAUCAACAAUAGUUUUCCCUUUUCCUUUCCUCCCCUUCUCCAUCUCUACACAUGAAAACAUGAAGCAUUAUUCUGUUUUAUGAUCGCCAUUGCGUGCGGACGUUUGCGAUGAUGGACGAAGACAACGUGGACAAGGGAUCGCACUCGACACCUGCAAAGCGGACCGAGGGCGUGAGUGCAUCCAGUCGCACAGACGGCGCGGCAACGCCGCAGUCCACGCACACACCAUCCCACAGCGCUCAAGUGGAUGCUCUACCCGUGCCAUCGCCGCCUCCGCGAGACGAGGACGCAUCCAACGCUCCUUCGGCCCCACCCUCUGCGGAGGGCGCAGCUGCUUCUCCGGGUGCACCUCGGCCGUCCAAUCUCGGUGCCGGCGGUCCGGCGCAGCGUCGAGCGACAGACGCACGUGUCUCCUUCCGCCUUUCCGCCGACGCCGCGAUGCAGAAAGACGCGGCAGCCGGGGCCCCACGUGCGCCGGACGAGGGGGAAGCACGCGUCUUCUCCGCACCGGCCGUCCCACCUUCUCCGCGCUGCAGCGAUGCGGGUGGCGGUGGUCAGAGGUCUGUCGUGCAUGCGAUGUCCGCUGCACCUUGUGACGGCACCGAGCAGAGCACUACUAGUCCACCCGCCACCGCCGACGGCAGCGACGCAUCUCAUGGUGCCAGCCUGCCGUCUCUACCGCCGGACGAGCCGGCCCCGGAGUUCAUUGAGUUUCUCGAAGACCCGGAAGACGAUGGUUACGGCUUUCGCUCCUUUUUUGAUGCCAUCACGAACCCGCAGUUCUACACUCGCAUCCAGUAUAGCCUCCGGACCGUCGCCUUCGUCACGCUGCCGUUGUACACACUUUCUCUGCAUCCAAACACGCAAUAUCGGCUCGGCUUUCCGCAGCUUCUGGUCGCAUCGAUCGUGUCGACCUCAACGCACCGUCCGACGGUUGGCGAGCAGAUCGGCACGCACAGCUGGGCUUGGCGUGGCAUCAUCUACAUGCUUAUCUUAGGAAGUCUGUCAGACGCGUGGGGAUCUGUGUACCACAAAGGCGCCUGGUACGGCCUGCUCGCCGCCGGUAUCUUUUGCGCCGGGCUUGUGAACAACGGCCGCAUGCGCCGCUUCAUGUUCCUCUACUACUACCUCUACAUGAUGGAGCUGCGCACCUUCAACUAUUACUUCGACAGGGUGCCUGUGAGCAACGCCGCGUACAUGGCGGCAUAUUGCCUGCUUGGCUCUGUAAUGGGUGUAGCCGCUAAUAUUAUCCCCUUUCCUUGCCUCAUAAGUGAAGAAGUGGACGCGAUCAUCACCAAGAUAUUCGGCGGCUUUGGCAAGCUGCUCUUUGGCAUGAUCAACUUCGUGUGGUCGUCCGACGUCCACGCCGCGACUUUCUUCUACGACAACCAAACGCCCUUCACCUCUGUUGAGGCAGUGCUGUCGCAGAUGUCGUCAUUGCUGUGGUUCGCGAGCUGGGAGCCGAUGGAGUUCCCGCUGCGCAACCCCAUCCGCCGCGUGAAGCUGACCCUGCUGCGUCGCAUCAUGGCGCUGGCCUACGCGGCCUUCAGCUGCGGUCGCACGAUUGCCGCGUUCCGGCAGCAGCAGGCGGACCGAAUUGCGAUGCACAAGAUACGCUGCCGCCUGUACGAGGCCGCGUACCGCAGCUCCGUGCGGACGAUCGAAGAUGUGAGGACGCCCCUCGCGUUGCACGGCGGCGACCCGUCGCACUCCGCCAGCCACGGCGAUGCGGCGGCGGAGGCGGCACGGCGGGAGGCGAAGGAGUCCGUCGCGGCCCUGCGCGCGAACAGCUACACCUACGUGACGGACUUCGCAGCGGUGCUGAUGCAGGCCAUGGCGCUGAUCGGGGCCACGGAGAGCACGCCGGAGCAGCUCCUCAAGAAGGUGCCGUUCGACGAGCUGCGCACGAAGGCGACACUGAUGCGGCGCAACCUGCGGCUGGAGAUGCUGCAGGUGAUGAAGAUGCAGAGCGAGAUGGUGGCCCGCCAGCGUGCGCGGGAGCAGGCGGGAGCGCACUCGAGGGCCGAGGAGGCGGACGCGGACGCAGAGGACAGCGAGGCCACGACCGCCUUUAGCGAGGAGAGGAGCAGCGAGUGCCCGAGCGCGGCACCACGCAGCGCCGCUGAACGUUGCCGGUUCGGCAAGGCGGACGCACGCCUGAUACUGGAGCACCGCGCCGUCAUCGACUCCUUCGACGUGUUUCUGCGCAUCAACGAAAUCUUCUUUCACCUUCUGAUGGGCAUGAUCGCGGGCGAAGUCGUGAACUUUGGCGAUCAGAUGGCGGAGUACAAGCCUGCCGAGUCUCUCUUCCGGCGCUGGUGGAGGCACUACAUUGUCGAGGCGUGGGACGGGUUCUGGAGUGAGCUGUGGUACCGCAUGACUCUCGCGCGUCCGACGGACUAUCGGGCUGUCAAGGAUGCGGUUCGCAUGACCUGCGCCUACGUGGGUGCGGUGGUGCUCAACACAGAAUUGUGGAAUCCCCCGGAGGGGCUUUACUUUUUCGGUGUUUCUCCGCUGAUGGGUCUGCCGGUGGAGGAGGAAUCGCUCAGCAUGGGUAUCUGUCGCAUCGGCGGCAACACCCUCGGGUGUGCCUUGGGCUACCUCAUACACCACAACACGCAUAACUUUGCUCAGGAGAUCGCCAUGACGCUCUGCUUCACCUUUGUGCUGCGCAGCUGUCAAUAUCACCCGCAAUACGGUCAGUUCUUCUUCUACGGCGCCGUCAUCACUCUGGCUGGUCUGGCAACGGCGAUGGUCUUCAACGACGUUGGUGGUCCGCUUCUCGCCUCCUCUUACACCGUCAUGGCGUACGUGAUCUCUUGCGUAUUUAUUUUCCCCAUUGACUGCCGCAGAGUGUGCUACAACUUCCGCAGCAAGCUGACGAAGGUGGUGAGCGAGACCAUCGAUGACGUGGCCUUCACCGCGCGCCUCCCCAUGGAGUACAGCGACGACGCGGACGACGCGGACGGCGGCGACAACAACGAGCCGGUGGCGUACCCGGCGUACAACACGGAGCCGAUGCAGAUGUGCUCGCAGCUGAACGUGGAGCUGACGCUGGUGGAGCGGCUGCAGAUGAUGUGCGACAAGUGGGCUCCCUUCGCGGCGAGGGAUCUCGUGAUCCGUGGCAGCGCGCAGUUCCCCGCGGCCCCCAACUCGCUAGUCACCCUUGCCCACGACCGCCUCGUGGCCAAUCUCCGGCUGUUGGUGUUCGGCGUGCAGCUGCUGCACCGCCCGCGCUCCGCCGCGCCGUCGCCGACCAUCGACCGCCUCGUGCGCGGCUCCCUCGCCGACUUCCUCGACGACUUCGCGGACGCCGUGCGCCUGGUCGGUGCGGACCACGUGCAGGCCCUGCAGCAGGCCCGCGCCUGGUCCUACCCGCGCCACCUGCGCCGCGUCAGCCAGCUGCGGCGGCUGCGGGUGCGGCUGUACGCCCUCAUGCACGAGUGCUACGUGCUGGUGGCCAACAACACGUCGAAAGGCACCUUUGGCAUGACCGCUGAGGACUUUGACCAGCUGCGCCUUGAGAGUGCAGCACGGAGGGUCCCCGCGGCAACGGCAGCGGCAGGCGGAAGAGGAGGGCAGGGCGGGCCGACGCUUCCUGGCAAUGGUGGCGGCGGCGGUGGUGGUGGUAAGUAUCCAGAAGAGCCGUACGGCCUGCAAGAGUCGUCGCUUGUGCCCGGUGCGGGAGGCAGCCGCGUAGAUGGCGUGGCGCCGCCUUCGCUCAGCGAUACAGUGAAGUACGACAGAAGUUUCCCAGCUCCGUCAGAGCGCAUCGAGGUGCGCGCCGGCGAGGACGCCCCCAUGCACAACCUGUCCUUCGCGGAUCGCUUUCUCAUGGCCCGCCGUGACGAGGAGCUCGCCGAAGAAGCCCAGCCGCCGCGCAACUUCCCCUCCCGCUGCGCGUCCCCAUUCGGUGCGUACACCCCGGCGGAGCCGCUGUUUCUCGACGACGCCGGCAGCGAGUCGCGCGCUCCACCGCAGCAGCAGCAGCAGCACCGGCGCGGCUCCUUCUGCCAGGCCUUCUUCUCGCCGGGUCGCAGCUCCUUCCCCUCCUCGCCGCACCCGUCCGCAGCGGAGGCGUCGCCGUCUGCGGCCUCUCCGACUGCGGGGCGCCGCCGCGCCAGACUCUACGUGCACCGCGCACACCUCCAGCAGAGCGGCGCGGAGCCGGCGGAAGUGGGGCCCCCCACCACCGGCGAUGCGGUGCGCGAGGUGGAACAAAUGCUGAAGGGCGAGAAGAAGCGGCUGGAGGCGGCGGAGCAGGACGACGCGAAGGCGCGCGUGGGGCCCAGCGACGGUGCAGCUGGUGUGUCGUCCCCGCAGCGCGAGCACCCGCCGGUGAUGCCCUCCGCGGCGAGGCGGAGCGUGUCGCGGCUGAUUCUUCUCCCCGACGAGGGCCCCGAGCCCCGCGCGGCGCUGUACAAGGGCCCUGGCUUCACCUUCGUGGAGGACGUGUUCGACGUACCGCGAAGCACCGACUUCUCUGCCAUCACCACCAUCCUUCUCAGCUGCGAGAGCAUCAUGACGGUGCUCGAGUCCCUGCCGGGCAGCCUGAACUCCUUGGUGAACUACGAUAAGCAGCUCGAGGAGUCCUCCAUUGCCACUGCCUUCCUGGACAAGUGGUCUGCGAGGCUGAUCGAGUACCGCAAAGCGAUCUACGACCGCUACCACUACCCCAAGCCGCCCCCGCAGAAGCACCGCCCCCUGAAUACGCAGGAGGACCCGUUUGAGGACUGGCAGUUCUAA